CUCCUGCUGCUCCUGGCCGUGGCCCUGCCUGCCAGGGCUGCCCAGGCUGCUCCGCUGCAAGCGUGGCGAGCAGACUGGAAUCGUGACAUGGGUUCUCAGGAAAUCCUGAUGAAUGAUGGUUUGAAGUUCCUGGAGGAUGCUGGAGCUGAACCUGCCGGUGAAGGUCCCACAUCCAGGACUGAGGCUCUGGGAGAUGCUGAGGGUGUGUCUGCGGGGAGGACUUCUCAAGCUCCAGGGUUGGAUGCUUGGCCCCAACCCAGCUCCCAUGGCAGGGGGAAGAUCCAAGACACAAGAGACAAGAUAUCCCUGGAACCACCCACACAGAUGAAGCAAGAGCUGAUGAAAAUGCGGCAGGGAGGACAAGAGAUAGACAUAGAGCUUCAGUGGAAGUUGGCAUUUCCUGAAGGAAGCACUCCAUCUUUGGUGCCAGCCCCAGCUGCAGGAAAGAAGGCAAUGCCAGACAUGGGCACAGGCACAGCAGGUUUGCUUCCAGACUGGGAUGCUGGGAAUGAUUCUGCAUUAGCCUGGCGCUCUGAAGUUGUGAAGCCCUCCGAGCAUUCUGCAGCCAUGUCUGAAGGGACAACUCCACCAACUCCUACCUUGGAUGCUGCACAAAAGCCCAGCUCCCAUGGCAGGGGUCCUACGACAGGAGAGACGAAAGACAUGGCAGGCAAGAAAUUCCAGGACCCAUUAGAAAUCAUGUGGCAAAUGCUGAAGGAACGUCUGCAAAGAAGGCAAGAAAUGAAAGGAGAGCCUGUGCAGAUGGAAGCAUUUCCCAGAGGAAGUAGUGGUUCCGUGCCAGCCUCUGCUGCAGGAAGGGAGGCCAUGCCAGGCACAGACACAGGAGAUGAGGUUGCUGGGAAGGCUUCUCCAUCAGCUUGGAUGAAUAAAGUUUUGAAGCCCUUGGAGCCUCCUGCAGAUGUGUCUACAGGGAGGACUUCUCCAGCUUCUCCAGCUCCUACUUUGGAUGCUAUACGCAAGCCCAGCUCCCAUCACAGUGGUACUCCAACAGGGAAAGUCCAAGAUACAACAGAUAAGAUGUCCCUGCAAACUUCCAAACAGAUGAGGCAAGAGCUGAAGGAACCCCUGCAGACAAGAGAAGAGAUGGACAUAGUGCUUCAGUGGAAGUUGGCAUUUCUUGAAGGAAGCACUCUAUCUUCGGUGCCAGCCCGUGCUGCAGGAAAGAAGGCAAUGCCAGACACGGGCACAGGCACAGCAGACUGGGAUGCUGGGAAUGAUUCUGCAUUAGCCUGGCGCUCUGAAGUUGUGCAGCCCUCCGAGCAUUCUGCAGAUGUGUCUGCAGGGACGACUUCACCAACUCCUACCUUGGAUGCUGCACAAAAGCCCACCUCCCAUCACAGGAGUCCUACGACAGGAGAGACCAAAGACAUGGCAGGCAAGAAAUUCCAGGACCCAUUAGAAAUCAUGUGGCAAAUGCUGAAGGAAUGUCUGCAGAGAAGACAAGAAAUGAAAGGAGAGCCUGUGCAGAAGGAAACAUUUCCCGGAGGAAGCAGUGGUUCCGUGCCAGCCUCUGCUGCAGGAAGGGAGGCCAUGCCAGGCACAGACACAGGAGACUGGAAUCGUGACAUGGGUUUUCAGGAAGUCCUGAUGAAGGAUGGUUUGAAGUUCCUGGGGAAUGCUGGAGCUGAACCUGCCGGUGAAGGUCCCACAUCCAGGACUGAGGGUCUGGGAGAUGCUGAGGGUGUGUCUGCAGGGAGGACUUCUCAAGCUCCAGGGUUGGAUGCUUGGCCCCAACCCAGCUCCCAUGGCAGGGGUCCUCCAAAAGGAAAGACCCAAGUUUUUGCAGCCAAAAAGUCUCAUGACUCAGAUGAAUUCCUGAGACAAACACAGAAGGAAGCACCUGGAGGACAAGUGAUGGACCAAAAGGCUGUUCAGGAGGAGGAACACUCAGGGAGAAGCAGUGGCUCAUUGGCAACCCCUGCUGCAGGAAGGAAGGCGAUGCCAGACACGGGCACAGGCACAGCAGAUGCAGCCAGCACCACAAGACCUGUUACCGAUGCCCAGGAUGGCCUCAGAUGGGGUUUCUGUCAGGGAACAGUCUGCUGGCUAGGGUUACUGGCAGGCGUCCUUUAUUUGGAGCUUGUCUUCAUGUUCUGCUGCUUUGGAAUCUGGUAUUCUUGGAACAGAGAACAGAGCACCUCGGGACAGAGUUGGCAGACGGUGGCUGCACCUCACACCCAGACAGUGUGAGCAGCCCCUCCAGCAGCAGGAACGGCCUGGACAGCCCUCUCAAGUGUUCUGUGAAGAGGACCCCAGAACAACCGUCAACAAGGAAGCCUCUUAUUGCCCCGUAGAUCCCACUGCCACCUGCUCUCCCCAUGGGCCUCCCCAAGCUGCCUUCAUUCCUUUUUUUCUCUCUGUCUGUCCCAUCCCAGCCAUCCCAAAUUACUCUAGAGACCCCAGGACCAGCCCAGCAACCUCCAGCCCCUCCUCAGACCAACACAUCCCUCCCUCUGCCCCUGAGCCCUUGCCCGCUAAGCAACACUGAAGGUGACACCCCACCCCUCCACCCCCCGCUUGCAGGGUAGGCAAUGGCCCAUUCCUCUGUUCAAAUAAAGAGAUGGAUUUGUGUCCUAGUUUGAAAGCAAAACCAGUGAGAGGCUCCAAGUGAGAAAUACAAUUUAUUAGGAAAAGGGAAAAAAAAACAAAAUACAUGCAAUAAUACAAAAGAAAAACCACUGACAGGGUCAGAAUACAGCCUGACACCCUGCUACUUAGGGUGGUGGUAGCAGUCCAGCUGAAAUGGAUUUGUGGUAGUGGUGAUCCUGUAGAAACAAUCUGGUAGCUCUCAUCCUCUGGAAAAGCAGUGGGUAAGGGCAGCAGUUCCUCUGGGAAUCCAGUGGAAAGACUGCUUGUUGUGUCCCAAAACCCAGAUUAUAUCCAGCUGGGGAUGCUUAGCUCCUCCCCCAUGGGCAGAGCAUCUCACAGUGGGCUGAUAUCAUUCUGCCUCAUGC